AUGGGCGCCGAAUCCACAGCGCGUCAGCUUCAUGACGGCUCGCAAAAGGCCACGGCGACGUUACCCCAAGACCUAGCCUCACGGUUUCGGCACUUGGCUAAGCUAUAUCUUGGGCAAGAUGUGGGCGAUAAGAUUAUCAAGAUAGCCACAAGACAGCCUCCAGAGGAGGGAUGGUAUCCGCACAGAACUUUUGGAGGCGACAAUUACGCUUACAAGUAUGAGCCUGCCGCGUGGUGGACGGCUGGCUUCUUCCCAGGCAAUAUCUGGAAGGUGUAUGAGAGGUCGCUUCAUCGGCAGCAGUCAUACUCGUCGCAGGAUAUCUUGGAUCAAGCGCUGCGGUGGCAAAAGGGCCUGGAGCCCGCGCAGUAUGAUACUUCGACACACGACUUGGGCUUUAUGAUACUGCCCAGCUUCUAUUCGCAUUAUCGACUCUGCGGCAACGAGGCCAGCAAACAGGUUGUCCUUAAUGCGGCAAAGUCAUUGUCAUCACGGUGGAGCGAAACCGUACAAAGCUUGCGGUCUUGGGACCGUGUGGUUACAAAGCGGCUCAACAUUACCGACACAGAAACCAACUUUCUCGUCAUUGCCGACAAUAUGAUGAACCUCGACUUACUAUAUCUUGCCUCCGAAAUGACAGGCGACCCAGAGUAUGCGCGACGGGCGACCAUCCACGCGCGUACAUCCAUCAAACAUAUUAUUAGAGACGACUAUUCCACAUAUCACCUGGUCAACUUUGAUCCAGCCACUGGUGCCGUCAAGGCAAAGUAUACUGUCCAGGGAUAUGCGGACGAGAGUGCCUGGGCUCGUGGCCAAGCCUGGGCGCUUUACGGAUACGCAACCGUGUACAAACAUACACGGGAUCCAGAGUUUCUCGAUGUGGCACGGCGGCUCGGCGCAUACUUCUGUCGCCGCGUCGAAGAGACUUGUCCCGCGGGUGCGGUGUGGUGGGACUUUGACGCUCCCGUACAGGGCAGCGGCAUCCGCGAUACGUCUGCUGCCAUGGCGGCGUGCUCGGGCAUGCUUCUGCUGUAUGAGCUCACAGGGCUCUGCGAGAUGCUCGGCACUGUCGCCACGAUUCUGGAGUACACGGUGUCGCAGUCAAGAGUUGCCGGAAGCGACACGGUUGUCGUCGGAGCCACAGUCAAUGCAAACAAAGAUGCCUUGACACCUAGUUGGGAGACUGGGCUCGUGUAUGCCGAUUAUUACUUUUUGGAGGUUGGCAACCGCAUGCUGGAGCUGGGGUUCUGCGACUAG